AUGCCCCAGACCAGAUCUCAGGUCAAAAAGGCGAAACUUCUCGACUAUGCACCGUACCCGAUCAGGCUCGCCCGCAAACCGACAAGGAAGUGUGUGAAUUCCAGGUUCCCGCCGAAACCUGCAGCAGGAUCGGGCAAGAGCAAAUCACAACGUCAACCACAAUCAAAGCCCUCCUUGCAGCCGGUUAUCCUCGCGGAGAGGAACAUUCCAGAACGUCCUCGGGGAGAGGUGACGACUUAUGUAGCGCCGUCGGGGAAGCGUUAUCGCAAGACCCUCAAGGAGACCAUGCAGACGUGGGUCUCCGACAUGAACAUGGACGAGUGUUUGAAGCAGACAAAUCCCCAGAUCGAACGCUCCCAUGAGGACGCCGAAACGUUGCUGGAAACUUGUCGGCACAUUGGCAAGAUCGGUCAAAAUCUCAACAUCGAGGACGUGAACGGCGAGUCCCUCCUCGUCAGGGUUUCGAACGGUCUAUCCUAUACCGGUACCACCGAACCGGCUCUACAGGAUUCAUUGUACAAAUCGGCCGAGCAAGCUCUCGAGAACCUGCUGGGUCGUGACGGGACAGGCGACUACAAGAUCAAGCUCAAAGACGACAGCGACUCCAUCCGUCACAACGUCAAGUGGAAAAACUCGAAACUCGACGAGGGUGUAGAUCGAGAGGGUCUUGUGCAUCUCGGCAUAUGGGCCAAUCAAGCCAACACAACCUUUGGCCUGACGAGUGGUGAGUCUUGCGAUGUCACUUUUUGGUACCGACGCCGAUCGCUCAUCAGGACUCGGUAG